AACCACGCGAAGGAUCUAUGCAAAGUCCAUCUUACUACUCUGGCUUCUCGCGUGGAGCGGAAGCGUCCGCGGCGAACCUAACCGUCGCCAUGAGGCUCGUACGAUCCGGGUCCGAAGGAGUGAGAGAGCGCUGGCGUGGCUGCGCGAUACCUACCUAGCUCAUUUUCUAUCUACCUAUUCUAAGAGGCGUAAUUCCGGGGCCAUGAGGGUCCAUGAUAUUAGCAAUCUCAGAAGUAGCCCGUAUAAGUAUGGACGUCACCGUAGCACGGCUUGUAGAUUUGGAAGAAGAGAAGCAUAGAGUUCGGUUUCCUCAGUCUCUUUCCUCCUAGUUUCUUUUCAUAGUCUAUUUCCUCAUAGUCUAUUUUCCUCAUCGUCUUUCAUAUAGUCGAUCUUUUAUUCCCUUACCAUUUCUCUCUUGUCAUCAUUUCACCAUGCGCGUGUCUUGGCUUCCUCUCUUGGGUUUACCCCUUAUUCCCUCAGUAUUGGCUGCUCCCAAUCCGGCAGCGGUCGAUAGCUUCUUGCAAUCUAUCGACGUAAACCCAAACUCGGUACCUGCGAGCUUCAAGAGCCGGAGCGGUAUUGACUUCACCUGCGCCGUCCUCUCCAUUCUCGGCAACAACGGUAGCAGCAGCGGCAAUGAGACUCAAUACGUCGCUCGCUCGAACAGCGAUCUUUACACUCAGGAGGCACACGCUCAUUGGUCGGCAACGGCAUGGAAGUCUCCUUCUUGCAUCUUCUCACCUAACAACCUCCAAGAUCUAAGACGCGCCGUUCUUCUCGCUGGUUUCACAAACACCAAAUUUGCCGUCCGCAGCGGUGGUCACUCGCCUCUUUCCAACUGGGCCAGCAUCGACGGUAGCCUGCUGAUUUCUAUGACUAACAUUAACGAUUUGGAAUACGAUGAGGCUACUCAAACCCAGCGAUCUGGAAUGGGCAACCGCUGGGGCGCCGUCUACGGGCAUCUUGUUCCUUACGGACGGAUCGUUGUCGGUGGCCGUCUAAACGUAGUCGGACUUGGCUUAUCCACGGGAGGCGGUCUCUCUCACUUCUCAAACGAAUGGGGAUGGGUUGGUCAGAACGUUGUUGCAUACGAAGUCAUGCUUUCCAACGGUUCUCACGUCAAGGCCAGCGCUACCGAGAACCCGGACCUGUACUAUGCCAUCAAGGCCGGAUCCAACAACUUUGGUAUUAUCACUCACAUCGUCCAGCGCACUUACCCCAUGGGCAAGAUCUGGGGUGGUCUCGUUCAGUUCCCUGGUAACUCCUCGAAGCAGUUCAUGGCUGCUAUGGCUGAGUACCAGGCUAAGGGCCAACUUGACACCAAGUCUGCCAUCCUCCCUUACAUCGGCAUCAACAACGACACCAUCAUCGCUACCUUUGUAUACUUAGAUGGUGUAGUCCGUCCUGAUGCUUUCAAGCCUUUCUUCGAGAUCCCCGUUAUCGCAGACUAUACCCAGGUUUUCGACAGCUUCUACCAGUUUGCCCAAGUCGACCUCCCCUACGCGGUACCCAGGUGGACUUACGCUGCCACGACCCUAGCCUUUGACAACAGCAGCAAGGAGACCUACGAAGGAUUGAUCGACGUGUUCUCUCAAUUCACGUCGCGCAUCCAGAAGGUUACCGGUGGUUCCUUUGCCCCUAUGGUUCAGCCCAUCUCCAAGAGCAUGGUUGACAAGUCGCGAGCCCUUGGCGAGGAUCCCAUGAACGUGGAGGCCAAGGCGCAACUAUGGGUCGGUAUCAACAUUGGUUGGUCGUUGGAGAAGGACGAUGCAGCUGUCUACAAGAUCCUCCAGGACAGUUUGGCGGCAGUAGAGAGCUACACCAAGGCCCGCAAUGUUCACCUGCCUUUCGUCUUCCUAAACGACGCCUGGGCUGGACAGAAGCCUUUCGUCAGCUACGGGCAGCAGUCCCACAACAAGCUCAAGGCCGCCAGCACGAAGUACGACAGAAGCCAGAUGUUCCAGCGUCUGGUCACGGGCGGAUUCAAGCUAUAGUCGAUAGAUCAUCUCUACUUGGCUACCACUUCUGGAUAACGAUUUUUUUUUAUAGAUUACUGUUGGGAUAUAGAUGGGUGCAUAACCUUGUAAAGUAGCUGUAUAGACAGAAAGGGAUCGCAUCGAGUGUUGGGCGUUGUACAAGGCGAUGAGGGGUCAUUUCUUUUUGGCUACUAUUCGAUUCGUUACGAUAAGAUAUUAUCAGAUUAGUCAACCCUGUCAGGUGACCUGAAAACUCUGUAUUCUAUAUAAUUACACGCGUUUUAUACGCUUUUACGAUUUUUACAAUAUAUAAUUAAAUUAUUAAUAAUUAUA